CACCAUGUCUCGUGCCGUGCCUAUGCAUUCUCUUGGUGUAGUCGGCAUGGCCGGCCGGCGACGCCAGACCGCAAAGACAAAGCAAAACCAAAGCCAAAGCCAUGUCGGCUUCGGCGGCGAGAGGAAAGAAGAGCUAUGGCGCUGCACAGAAGGCUGCGGUGCCUGCUGCAAGCUCAACAAAGGUCCUUCCUUUGCCACUCCUGAAGAAAUCUUCCACGACCCUUCUGACAUCCACCUUUACAGAAGCAUGAUAGGCCCAGAUGGAUGGUGCGUGCACUAUGAUAAGACCACACGCAAAUGCUCUAUUUACUCUGACCGUCCAUACUUUUGCCAUGUGGAACCAGAUGUGUUUCAGGAUUUAUAUGGAAUCUCUAAGAAGAAAUUCAACAAGGAGGCAUGCAGUAGCUGUAGGGACACUAUCAAAGCAAUUUAUGGUUCAGAUUCAAAGGAGAUAGAUAAGUUCAAUGACUCAGUGAGAAGCUAAGGCACUUGUUAAAUUGGAUUACAAAAAAUCAUUUUCCCUUUUGAAAUUUCGUCUUGGUAUGUCCAUGAAGCUGUUAGGGAGUUGCCUUGAAGUAUUAGUUUAUGUUUUGCACAGAAAUUGCUUCCUAUAGUGGAGUAGAAAUAUAUCGUUUGCAAAUGUAAUUAAUUGGCUUUAGCCUAACCAAUGAGGAAACGGAUUUCUUGCCAGAACAACAACAGCAUAUAUUCGCAUAAACCAUAUA